AUGCAAGCAAAGGAAACUACUUUGAUGACCACGAGGAACAGGACCCUGGCUAUUGCAAGACGUGGCAUAGCGCCGCUAGGCUCGGAAUUUCUUGUUAUCCUCGCCGUUUUAUUUUCACUGCUAUUCAUAUUUUCUGCGUCGCUCGCUUUUGUCAACUCUGAAGUAGGGCCUAUCUUCAAAGACGCUCUUAACUCAAUAUCCGUCCAUCAGAGUGGACUUGUUCUUGUAGGAGAGAAUGUCGACGUCGACGUUGACGAACCUAGUGUCACUAUUAGGUGGUCCGCAUUAGGUUGCGGUGGAGCAUACUUACUGCCUGGUUCUCCGAACCUUCAUGGAAGUUCGGCUUGCGGAUUACCUGCUAUACCUCUGGACUUGUUCAUUUCUAAUUCGGAAGCACCCGUGUUCAGCUACAAUCCGGAAAGUGUACCUAUCAGCAAGACGGCGAGCCAACGUAUCGUUGUUCAGGCACAUGUACAGUUUGACAAUGACCUCGUGCUGGAUGUACACGACUCUCGCCUCUAUCCAUUUGACUCCUAUCUAGUCUCAACUUCGAUUCGAGCCACCACCUCCAAUUCGUCAGUGAAGGAUAUCCCGAUGCCUAUUGUAGGGAUGCCUGUGGUUGAGCACAUGCCGUCGUUUACCAUGACUUCCCGCGAUACAGAUGUGGUGCUGGUCAUGGACGAAGAUAAUACUCCCGCACGACACAUUGAGAUACGGAUCAGACGACCUGCGCAUGCACGAGUAUAUGCUAUGCUUAUUUUUGGAAUUAACUGGGCGUUUUGCCACUACUGCAUCGGGAUGAUGCUCCUGUCGAUUUUCCAGGGCCAUCAUGCGGGGAAGGAGGUCUUGAAACGAUUUGCUAGCAGCCUUCUCGUAUUGUUUGUCAUACCUCAGCUCCGGGGUGCCAUGCCAGACGCUCCUGGGUUCGACGGAGUACUCAUUGAUACUAUCGGAUUUUUCCCUCAAAUGACACUUGCUGGAUUAUCUGCAAUCAUUCUCCUAUUAUUCACAGCGAAACACGAAUUGGAUGGUGUAUCUGGGAAAGAUGAUUUCAGGCACCAUGAUAAAGGCAAGGGUAAAGAUACCCUACUUGGACAGUCAUUUUUGGAUGGAAGAGACUGGGAAGCUAGCUUCCAGUCCAACGCCGUUCGGAACGGCUUUGGACAGGGAAGUGGUCAGGGGCACAGUAGAACGUUAAGCGCUCGGGACUUCUUGCUGGAGCAGGUUCUGAAGGUAGUAGACGCUGGAUCGCAAGCUUUUCGUAACAAUUUUUCAGGAGGGAAUUCUGGCAGAUACCACCACCAUCAACGCUCGCAGAGUUAUUAUGAGCGUAAGAUGGCUUGA